UCAAAUAAGUUACUUUUUCUGAUCUUUGGUUACCAGGAAUACUUACACAUCAUGUUUUAUGUGCAUAAAAAUGAAAAUAACAUGGAUGUCAUUGAGAAUCUAGAAAUCUAGUUUAAAAGCAUACAGGAUUUUCUACAUAAAAAUAUUGAGUGAAAAGUCUUACUUAAACACCCGUACAUAAAUACACUGUUGUGAAACUCCUGAUGACUUGCAUUGUUAUGGUAUCCUAGGUAUCAUAGUGUGAGCUAAACCAAAAAUCACAAAGGAAAAGAAAAAGGUUUUUGGGAUUGAAAUUGAACAAUACCUUCAAAUUAAUUCCUGAGUCUUUGAAAUUCUAAAAUGAGCCGUUAUCUGUUAAUGACGCAAGUGUCUAAAAACACCUCAAUGGAAUCUUAUUGAAUGACUGAGUAGAUUUUGUGUGUGUGUCAAAAAGAGGUGGGUGUUGUCAGCUAUAAAUGCAAUAUAGGUCACUGUUGUCACUGAAGAGCAACACCUUGAGUUACUGAAGUCACUUGCUGUCAUUAUGGACUCUAAGUUCAAUGGAUGUCUAAUGCACUAUGUGCUGGUCUUGAUGCUUCUGGGGAAUCACCGGAUUCUUGUACUUCCAGCUCCGACUGAACACAGGUGUUCUUUCGAAAGCAAUGCGGAUCACGAGUGUUCUUCCAAAAAGACUCUGGAUAUUACGAAUUUACUGAUACACAAAACAAAUGAGACACUGCAAGAAUAUAAGAAGAACAAUCGCUGUAAUAAUCAGAUUCCAGAUGAGGUUCCUAGCGCUACGGUUGCAGGUUCCAACAUGAUUGAGAAGCUGCAAGACAUCUAUGCCAAGAAUGAGCUGUUUUCUUUGCAUCUCUCCCAAGUAGAAAAAUAUCAGAAGGAACUUUUCUCAACAGCAUCCGUUUUGAACGCCUCUUCAGAACUAAAGGAGAGACUCAAGCAUCUUUUAACAAAAGUAGAAUGCCACAUCAAAACCAAUGACCCAUCGACACCUGUGCCUACAUCACCUCCUCCACUGAACCUGCCCCAUAAAUAUUCCUAUGGAAAGCAAGUCUAUGGAUGUGCUGUUAUAGACAGGCUGAAGGCCUGGGGACAUAAUGUGAAGGAGGUAGUGAAGUCCAUGUGUAGUAGAAAUGUGGUACGUUCAAGAAGCUAAAUACAGGAAGGGGGGAAAUUUCCUAAUGAUGUAAAAAAAAAAGUUUAAUUUGUGUUUUUCUAAUGUUAUUUGUCAUGGUCAAGAUUUGUAUUUAAAUAUUUAUACUGAUAUUGGAGUGAGAUAGCAUAAUUUUAUUUCUUUGAAAAUACCAUUGCUAAAGGUUUUCUUCUGACUAAAUGUUGUGUUGUGCUCAGCUUUGACUCCUACAGUGAAGAUGAUGAUGAAAUAAUGGCCAGCCUUUGCAGAGUCUACAGAUUUUCAGAUUUUGAUGCCUUUUUUAGUUUUGUUAAGACUGUAGUUAAAUGCACUGGAAUUCUUUGCACUAUAAUGUAGUUGAGACCUGAAUUAUUUAGAUAUUUAUAAAAUAUAUAUUUAUUUAACAAUAAGAACACCUGUAAUUUUUAUAACUGUAUUUAAACUAUUUAUGAAAUAAAUUUAUUUGACUGGAUAAACUGUGUAAUGGUGAACUUUGGGGCAUUAGUAGUUAAAAAAAAGAAGUGACCUUCUCUAAAACCUCAAGAGUUUUGAAGAAUGAAAUUAUAUUUUUUGGGGGGGGGGGUGGAAAUUGGCUGCUCAACUAUAUAUACAACUGUGUGCAAAAUGAUAGCCACACAUCACUGAUCAUAAAAAUAUGUUUGAUGCUUAAUUAGUGUAAUUGAAUCAUUAAGUGAAAGGUGUAUUCUCAAACUGUAGCAGUGUUCCAAAUUGAUUAUCCUAAUUUAAGGCCAGUUGCAGCAAUAUGCUGUUUACAUUGCAUUUCUCUCCAAAAAAUUGCAGUAAAACCAACCAAUUUAAUCGAUUAAUUGAAAUUUCUGUUCAUUUUCAGAAAAUCAGGAUUUUGUUCUUUGUGUUUUUGAGUGAUGUCAACCUGUCGACGGCCUGCCAUCUGGUUUUACAAACAUGUUUUACAGCUCGUUUUGAUUUCGACUUUGAAUGCAGGUCAGUUCCCAGAAGGAACAAUUGAAAUAUUUUUCAUCAGUUGUAAUUUAUUUUUAAGAACAGAAAGCAAGAGAAACACAAGUCAUUUGUCCAACUGUAGGAUUGAUUAAACUAAGAUUGCAAAGUAAAGCGGGGUGACUCACACAUCAUGAGAUGGGAAGGUUUCUCAUCCACUGACACUUGACUUGUUUUUAUCACAUACUAAGUUGGAAUAUUUGAAGAGGUGACUUUAUUCUGUAGAGGAAUUGGGUGUUUCAAGAAGACAACACCAAACCCACCAGUAAGCCAGCAGAAUCUUGGUUCCAGACUCACAAGAUCAACAUUAUGGACUGUCCACCCCGUCCCCAACCUGUUACUCAAGAAGAAAGUUGAUGUCAUAAAUGCCGUUUCUGAGGUAACGCUAAGGGAAAUGCAGAGGAACUGUGAGAUGGAGUCUAUUUAUCUGAGGCUUGAAUACCAAUCCAGAGGUGUCAUAAGUGCCUGACACGAUGCAUCACAGAUAUAAACAAUUUUCAGGAAGUGAUUUUACAACUAAAUAGUAUUUCAGUGAUUUAUGGGUAAACUGGUUAUUAAAGUAUGUUUCAGUUCCUAUAGGAUG